CCGAAUGGAUACUGCCACUUCUUCCUCUUCAGUGAUACAGCCUGUGCGGUCGAGAUUACUACUGAAGAUAACUUGGACGGUGUGUGUGAGGAUGUGUCGGGGAUCCAGUCUUUCCGCGACAUUGUCUCCCACGUCAAUGAAAACCACUCGAUCAGCUAUUACAUCAGCCGCAGCCCUGACGAGACUAAGCUGCAGCAGUAUGACAACACCACCCUCAAAGUUGCUGGAAGUGCCAUCAGGGUCAACCCGAAAUUGCCUGUUAUCGCAGCUGUUGCUUAUUCCGACCCUAAGACUUGCGCCGAUCACGGGCAUGGAAAAGAUGAGGUUCGCCUUUACUAUGUGGAGCCCGACACCUUCCUUGUCAAGGAGAUCAGGCGUUCUGGGCCUCCCAGUAACGACACUUGGGAGAUUGGCAAGGAGUUCGACGCCAAGGGCUAUGAUAUUGACAAGAAGAGUGGUUUGAGUGCUAACGUCGUCCGUGUGGGGGGUCAACACCAGCUAAAGCUCUACUUCCAGAAGCAUCCAAACGAGCUCAGCGUUGCCUACCGCCUCCUUGAGGCCCCAUACGAGGAGUGGUCUGAUCACACUGACAUCGCUAAUUAG